AUGAAGGUGAAAUAUGCAACACAGGUGUUAAGCCAAAAAGUUGCAGUUACAAUGGGGUUUUUAGCAGAAAGAAACAUAUUGCCUGCUGAGUGUAUGCAAACUGCUGAUGUUAUCCUGUUCUUCGAUGAGUUAUUUGACUCUUUGAAUGGCAGCUUUGAAAAUUCAAAGAAGAGGCGUGGAAAAAAUUUACUAUUGGCAGUAACGCCCAAAUCCGAUCAUAGUAUUGUUUGGUCAAAAGCCAAAAAAGUAUUAAGCACAAUGAAAUUUACCAGUAAUGGAAAAUCAAAUGAUAAGCAUGUCAUAGUUCCCACCAUAAAUAAUUGGUUACAUACUAUAAAUAAUGUGGAAUACCUCAUACAAAAACUAUUCAAUGAGUACAAUAUAAAAUCUGUGUGGAUGAGGCAUUUCAACCAAGAUCCAUUAGAAAAUUUCUUUGGGAUGAUUCGAAGCCAUGGGUGUAGGAACACUAACCCAACUGUUGCUGGCUUUGAAUCAUCCUUUGCUGCAUUAUUAAUUAAUAAUUUAAGCGGUCAGCACUCACCUGGCUCCAACUGUGAGGAAGAUGGUUGUCAGACAUUUUUUAAAUCAAUGGAAGCCUUAUUCGAAAAUUCAGAAAGUGAGCCCAUCCACACAGAUAUGAUUGAUAUAGACGAUACAAUAUGUUGUUUACAAAGAAAAAAAUAUAACCCCAGAAUUUUGGCAAGUUUACAGUAUGUGUCUGGCUAUUUAUUAAAAAAAAAGCCAAAAUCAAAAUAUUUAAAAAUUGUAAAAAAUGUAAGCAAUGUUUAUAUAACAAAAAUUAUGUAA